AUGGCACCAAGACCUGGUAUCUGCUCUGAUGUGGUGACUCAAGAAAUGAAGUUUGAGGAUGUGGCCAUCGCCUUCUCCCAGGAGGAGUGGAGGCUCCUUAAUGAGGCUCAGAGACUUCUGCACUGCGAUGUGAUGCUGGAGAUCUUUGCACUUGUAGCAUCUGUGGGUUGUUGGCAUAAAAAGGAAGAUGAGGAGGCCCCUUCUGAGCAGAGUGUAUCUGUAGAAGGAGAGUCACAGGUUGGGGCUUCUAAGACAGCUCCUGCACCCCAGAAGACCCAUCCCUGUGAGCACUGUGUCUCAAUCUUGAAAACUAUUUUGCAUCUGACUCAGUUCCAAGCAGCGUACCUUCAGCAGAAAGCAUUCUUCAGUGGUGCAUGUGUGAGAGGCUUCUGUUUCAGUGCAGACCUUCACCAGCAGCAGAGGCCUGUGAGUGCAGAGAAACUCUGGAAAGGAGACACGGACAGGGCCUCGUUUGUGACCAGAGGCAGGUGUCAUGUAUCAGAGGCGCCUCUCACCAGUAGGGUGGUUGGGAAGGACUUCCCAGCCAUCUCGGGCCUUCUCCAGCACCAGGCCACUCCUUACAGUGAGGAACCCCACAAUGGCGGGCAGGCCUUUCUCGGUGGAAAAAGUCAUCACCAGUGGGGUGAAUGUGAAAAAGCUGCCAGCCACAACCACAAACUUGUUCAACGUCAGGGCGUCUGCUCUGGAGAAUGGUUUUAUGAGUGUAGCAAAUGUGGGAAAGCCUAUAGAAAGCUCUUUAACCUUAUUCAGUGUGGGAGAGCUCACCGGGUAGAAAAGCCAUAUGAGUGCAGUGUUUGUGGGAAAUGCUUUAACCGUAAAUUUUUCCUUAUUCGACAUCAGAGUGUUCACACUGGAGAAAAGCCAUAUGAGUGUAGAGAUUGUGGGAAGUCCUUCAGCCAAAGCUCUAAUCUCAUUCAACAUCAGAGAGGUCACACUGGAGAAAAGCCAAAUGAGUGCAGUGUUUGUGGGAAAUGUUUUAGGUAUAAAUAUAUCCUUAUUAAUCACCAGAGAAUUCAUACUGGAGAAAAACCGUAUGAAUGUAGUGAUUGUGGGAAGUCCUUCAGACAAAGCUCUGCCCUCAUUGAACACCAGAGAAUACACACUGGAGAAAAGCGGUAUGAGUGUAGUGUUUGUGCAAAAUGGUUUUGCCGCAAAUUUAACCUUGUUCAACAUCAGAGAAUUCACACUGGGGAAAAGCCAUAUGAAUGUAGAGAUUGUGGGAAAUCCUUCAGACAGAACUCUAAGCUCAUUGAACACCAGAGAGUCCACAGUGGAGAAAAGCCUUAUGAGUGCAGUGCUUGUGGAAAAUGUUUUAGCCGCAAAUUUAACCUCAUUAAACAUCAGAGAGUUCACAAUGUAGAAAAGACCGUAUGACUGUAGUGGUUAUGGUAAAUACUUUAGCUAAAAAAUCAUCCUCAUUCAACACCAGAGAAUUCAUGCUGGAGGAAAGCCUUAAGAGUGCAGUGAUAGUGGGAAAUGCUUUAGCUACAAAUCUAACCUCAUUAAUUACCAGAGAGUUCAUACUGUAGAAAAGCCAUAUGAGUGUUGUCAAUGUGGGAAAUCUUUUAGACAAUGCUACCAUAUUACUCCACACCAUCAAGUUCAUUCUGGGGAAAAGCCUUAUGAGUGUAGCAAAAGUGGGAAAUAUCUUAGCCAUAAAUCUCACCUCCCUAAACACCAGAGAGUUCACACUGGAGAAAAGCAUUAAAUGUGCUGUGAAUGUUUUAUUUCCUCACUCUGUAUAUCAACACAGGAGGGAUCCUCCUUUGAGAUCCUUUUACCUUUUUUAUGCCUUUUUAAGCCCUUUUAACAGAACAUAUACCAUGCUAGAUUCCUCAUAAGUUUCAGGUACAAGCAUGUCUUUAAGAAGCUGCUUUCCACUUUCUAACCUGCCCAGGGGUAUUACCAGAGAUUGAUGUCAGUUUUUGGGGCUGAAGUCAUUUCACUACUACCACCUGUCCCACCUGCACAAUGUGUUCAGGGAAGCCGACCUCUGUUGUCCCUUUUUCUUGAAAAAAUGAUCAAUUCUCUGAGCUCUUGGCAGGAUCCUCAUUCCCUCUUCUCUGACUGGGGAAUGAAGCUGACUCUGUUUUGUCUCAGAAAACCUAUCCUCAGCUAAGAAGGACUAUCUGUUUCACCACAUUGUUCUCAUAUGCUGUGAUAAAGUUUUACAGGUUCUCUUUCACCAACUGCUUGCUGUACGCUGCUCUGGUAUAUGGUCUUAUUCCAGUGGUCUUUUUGCUAUUGUGCCUCUAACUUUGGUGUAUCUAUUUAGUGCAUGGGAUGAUUUGAAAGCAGAAUUGUGAUCUGUCAGCAUGUAGGAGUGAACAGAUUUUGUGGGGAUCACAAAUUUCCUAUGCUUUGGAAGGGACAGAAUGAUGGAAGAAAAUUGCUCUUUGUUCAGUAUUGGUUUAUUUUGCAUUGGUGCCCAAGGCCUUGAAAAAAAAUACUGCAUGGCUUUGUGGUCAGAAUUUGCAGCCUUGUUCCCUGACUAUUGGGGAGGUCAAAGGUCACCCUGAAGAAGAAGCAUCCUGUUGUGUUUCUAUGAGCAACAUGAAUUUUAUUCCUUUUUUUACUUUUAUAUAAUUCCCAGCUAUGUUGAGGGGACAUCCUCCACAGGUUUUGCAAAGGUCCCAUGUGCCAUAAUGUACAAAAUUUUAUAGGCUGGUAUCAUUUAUUGUAAAACUCUGCAGGUUAUGUGGAACUACAAUUGGGACCGAAACACCGUAUUAAUAAUGAGUGGAAGAGACUGCAAUAAAUUAGAUGAAAGGUGCCUCUUUUGAACGUUCAUCCAUGAAUGCUUCAGGGACUAUGGCUUGUGUAAUCUGUGUGUAAAAACAUUCUUGGGCCCCCAUAACUGUUUCCUAUAGCUGAAGUCACUGGCAGAGAAAAUAAUGUAAUGCCUUUGUGGAUUCUUCUGGCCUCUCUUGGUGUUCACCUCAAGGUUGUUGCUCUACAGAAAAGAAAAAGUAGAAGGAUGAUCUUGUCAUUCUCAGGAUGUGUCUAUUAUGACCCAGUCAGCAUUACUGUUGAUUUGAUGCCAAGAGUCUUCACUGUUUGCCAGCAUUUGCUGCUGCUGAGGCAAGGCUGCCCCUCCUAGGACAUGAGGAGAGAGAUGGUAAAAUCUAUACAGUGUUGCCAACCUGACUUUCUACAAAACAGAGAUGUCUAGAUCUUUAUUAAGAACCACUUUUUAAAGCUUUAUUCAGGUUCCUUUAUGAUUGACAUAUGACAAAGUGCACUUACCUGAUGUGGAUUGUUUGGUGAGCUCUGGUAUACGU